AUGGCCAACAUGCUGCUCGUGAUAGUGGCACUCACCGGCGUUGCUGUGGGGAAAUCCGCAUGCACGUCCAACCGGCCCGAGAUGAAGAGCUGCGGGGCGGAGUGCUUCAGCCACAGCGACGUGGCAUCUUGCUCAGCCGACUGCCUGGAGCAGAAGGGUGAAAGCUCCGUUUGUGCGCAGUGCUAUGGUCCCAAGAUCCAAUGCUCCAUCGAGAAGUGCGUGGACAAGUGCAACGACGAGUUCGACUUUAACGGGGACUGCCAGGCAUGCAUGAUGCAGACGUGCAACUUUGCUACCUCUUGCACCCCCGACAAGUCCGCGGCGGCACCAGUGGAUGCUUCCCUGCUCAAGGAGCUUGUCACCCUCGCCAAUGCAAAGGACCCUGUUGCGGAGCCUGCGGCGGUUUGCGUGUCCAACAGGCCCGAGAUGAAGAGCUGCGGGGCGGAGUGCUUCAGCCACAGCGACGUGGCAUCUUGCUCAGCCGACUGCCUGGAGCAGAAGGGUGAAAGCUCCGUUUGUGCGCAGUGCUAUGGUCCCAAGAUCCAGUGCUCCAUCGAGAAGUGCGUGGACAAGUGCAACGACGAGUUCGACUUUAACGGGGACUGCCAGGCAUGCAUGAUGCAGACGUGCAACUUUGCUACCUCUUGCACCCCCGACAAGUCCGCGGCGGCACCAGUGGAUGCUUCCCUGCUCAAGGAGCUUGUCACCCUCGCCAAGACAAAGGACCCUGUUGCGGAGCCUGCGGCGGUUUGCGUGUCCAACAGGCCCGAGAUGAAGAGCUGCGGGGCGGAGUGCUUCAGCCACAGCGACGUGGCAUCUUGCUCAGCCGACUGCCUGGAGCAGAAGGGUGAAAGCUCCGUUUGUGCGCAGUGCUAUGGUCCCAAGAUCCAAUGCUCCAUCGAGAAGUGCGUGGACAAGUGCAACAACGAGUUCGACUUUAACGGGGACUGCCAGGCAUGCAUGAUGCAGACGUGCAACUUUGCUACCUCUUGCACCCCCGACAACUCCGCGGCGGUACCAGUGGAUGCUUCCCUGCUCAAGGAGCUUGUCACCCUCGCCAAUGCAAAGGACCCUGUUGCGGAGCCUGCGGCGGUUUGCGUGUCCAACAGGCCCGAGAUGAAGAGCUGCGGGGCGGAGUGCUUCAGCCACAGCGACGUGGCAUCUUGCUCAACCGACUGCCUGGAGCAGAAGGGUGAAAGCUCCGUUUGUGCGCAGUGCUAUGGUCCCAAGAUCCAAUGCUCCAUCGAGAAGUGCGUGGACAAGUGCAACGACGAGUUCGACUUCAACGGGGACUGCCAGGCAUGCAUGAUGCAGACGUGCAACUUUGCUACCUCUUGCACCCCCGACAAGUCCGCGGCGGCACCAGUGGAUGCUUCCUUGCUCAAGGAGCUUGUCACCCUCGCCAAGACAAAGGACCCUGUUGCGGAGCCUGCGGCGGUUUGCCAACAGGCCCGAGAUGAAGAGCUGCGGGGCGGAGUGCUUCAGCCACAGCGACGUGGCAUCUUGCUCAGCCGACUGCCUGGAGCAGAAGGGUGA